AUGUCGUCGGUUUUAGACGCUCUGUGGGAGGAUAGGGAUGUUAGAUUCGACAUAACAGCGCAACAAAUGAAGACUCGUCCUGGGGAAGUGAUGAUAGAUUGCCUGGAGUCAAUAGAAGACACCAAAGGGAACAAUGGGGAUCGAGGGCGACUUUUGGUGACAAACUUGAGAAUCAUUUGGCAUUCUGUGGCCCUACCAAGAGUAAAUUUAUCUGUGGGCUACAACACCAUCAUAAACAUUACAACACGGACGGCUAACUCUAAAUUGAGAGGUCAAACUGAAGCACUUUAUAUUUUGACAAAGUCAAACAACACAAGAUUUGAGUUCAUAUUUACAAAUGUGGUACCAGGAAGCCCACGACUAUUCACUUCAGUCAUCGCAGUGCACAGAGCAUACGAGACAUCCAAAAUGUAUAGAGAUUUGAAACUGCGAGCUGCUCUGAUUCAAAAUAAGCAGUUAAGACUUCUGCCUCGUGAGCAAGUGUAUGACAAAAUCAACGGUGUGUGGAAUCUGUCAUGUGACCAGGGAAAUCUUGGAACAUUUUUUAUCACCAAUGUUCGCAUUGUCUGGCAUGCUAACAUGAAUGAGAGUUUUAACGUCAGCAUCCCGUAUCUUCAGAUUUGGUCAAUCAGAAUAAGGGAUUCAAAGUUUGGUCUGGCCCUGGUCAUUGAAAGUUCAAGGCAGAGUGGAGGCUAUGUGCUGGGUUUUAAAAUAGAUCCGGUUGAGAAGCUUCAAGAUGCUUUAAAAGAAAUUAACUCACUUCAUAAGGUUUUUUCUGCCAACCCUAUAUUUGGGGUUGACUAUGAAAUGGAAGAAAAGCCACAGCCAUUAGAACGUCUCACAGUGGAACAGCCUCCUGAUGAUGUGGAGAUCGAGCCUGAUGAACAGACUGAUGCUUUCGCUGCUUACUUUGCAGACAGCAACAAGCAACAAGACCGUGAGCCUGUGUUCUCAAAGGAUCUGGGACUGGCCAUUGAAAAGCUCAGGGAUGGAUUUACUCUGCAGGGACUGUGGGAAGUCAUAGGCUAA